AUGCUUGACGCCGAGGCCAACUUUGGUCCAGCGGCGUCGUACAGAUUCGACUUUACCCUCUUGUUUGAGAAUGCAGUCUUGUCGAUCCUGCCAUCAACUUUGUUUCUUGUUUUGACUCCACAGCGACUGUUUUGGUUGGUCAAGCAGCCUCGAAAAUUGACCAAAAACUCCCAGUUCGUUCUCAAAUUGGGUCUUAUCGCCGUGUAUACGAUUCUUCAAUUGACCGUUCUGCUGUGUUGGGUGCUCGGUCCUCUACCUGUGCCAAAGUCACAAAUUGCAGCAGCUGUCUUGGUCUUUCUCAAUGGCUUCGCAUUGGCUUUCUUGUCGUAUGCCGAGCACACUCGAUCCGUUAGGCCUUCAACACUCAUCAACGUCUACCUGCUUCUUACGUUACUCUUUGACUGUGCCAUCGCCAGGACGCUAUGGCUCAUUGAGGGUACAAAGCUGAUAGCCAAGGUUUUCACGGCAACUGUCGCAAUCAAGUUUACCGUGUUGGUAUCGGAGGCAUGGGAGAAGCGAUCCAUUCUUCGAGCCCAAUAUCAGGAACUCUCACCCGAGUCAACCUCUGGGAUCUUGGGCCGGAGUGUGUUCUGGUGGCUUAACCCUCUGAUGAAAAUUGGGUUCGGUCGGCCUUUGACCGAAGAGGACUUGUAUACAAUCGAUUCUUCGCUCUCAUCGAGAAGACUCGUCGCCCAUGCGCAAGAGACUUGGAGUUUAACAAAUCACACCAAGAAGAAUAGGCUUUUUUGGUCUACCAUCUGGGCUGCAAAGGCCGUCUUCGCCUCUGGUAUGCUUUCUCGUAUUUGCUUGAUAGCAUUCAAGUACACCCAGCCUUUCCUUAUUCAAAGGACCGUUGGCUUUGCCAGCGACUUGACCGAACCUAAAAGUAUUGGAUGGGGACUCACUGGGGCGUGGCUCUUGGUCUUUAUCGGUCUCGCCAUCUCCAACGGGUUCUACUACCAUAAGACAUAUCAGUUCGUGACAUCGGUCAGAGGCAGCCUCGAAAGUCUCAUUUACAACAAGACACUUGACCUUAGCACCACAGCGUUCGACGAGACCAUCGCCGUCACGCUCAUGUCUACCGAUACUGAAGCCAUUUGUCUCGGUUUCAGCAACUUGCACGAAGUCUGGGCUUCCCCGAUCGAAUGUGGUGUGGCGCUGUUUCUUCUAUACAGACAGCUUGGCCUUGCAUUUCUGUCACCCAUGAUUAUCGCGAUAGUUGCCACCGUCGGCAUCAUGCAGCUCGCCAACCACAUGGGAAGGGCACAGAAGAAAUGGGUCCGUGGCAUUCAGACUCGAGUUGAUGUAACUGCCUCUAUGCUCGGGUCGAUGAAGGAAGUCAAAAUGCUCGGACUUACAGACGUUCUCAACAGCAUGGUUCAAAACUUGCGGAUAAAGGAGUUGAAGCUAGCAAAGAAAGCUCGGAAGCUGUUGGUCUUUCGAUUGAUACUGGCAUCCAGUACACAAACCAUCUCACCUUUGGCAACUUUUGCGACAUUUGUCAUUAUAUCUCAGAGCACAGGUCAACCAUUGAACGUCGCCUCAGCUUACACGUCAUUGUCUUUGAUAUAUCUCUUGUCGACUCCCAUGGCCACGGUCAUUCGCACAAUCCCAAUGGUCAGCGCUUCUCUGGCUUGUUUCGACCGAAUCCAGGCUUUCUUGAUAUCAGACAGCUUCAAGGACCAUCGACUUCCUUUGAACACUGGCACCAUCCAAGCAAAUGACAGCACAAGUCUUUCUUCGAGAAGCAGUGACGUUAUUGAAAUGCAGAAUCUAUCACCAACGCAAGAGUUUUCUGUCGGGGAUCCUCUUAUGGUAGUCUCAGACGCCAGUUUCAGCUGGGGUCAAGCAGAGUCCCCAAUCCUGCACAACAUCUCAUGUACUAUCCGGAAGUCGCACUUCACCUACAUCAUCGGCAGUGUAGGCUCAGGAAAGAGCACGCUCUUGCAGGCAAUGCUUGGAGAAAUGAAACCAUCCAAGGGAUCCAUCUUUACUGGAACCCGUAGGAUUGCAUUUGUCGGCCAGGAGCCGUGGAUCCAGAACUUGACUCUACGACAAAACAUCUUGGGAGCAUUCAACUACGACAAGUCGUGGUAUGACAAGGUCAUUUAUGCAUGCGCUUUAGAGCAAGAUAUGAUGGAGCUACCAGGAAGGGAUGCCACAAAGGCAGGCACCAAAGGAGUAUCACUCAGCGGUGGCCAGAAACAACGGCUUGCUCUUGCGCGAGCAGUCUACUCGAGGGUACCCGUCAUCUUCUUGGAUGAUGUCUUUGCAGGCCAAGACGCCGCGACAGAGGAACAUAUCCACCGGAUGCUCUUCUCUGAGCGCGGUCUGUUCCGAGAGAUGGGCACCACAGUUGUGUGUGUUACAAAUGCCAUCCAUCGCCUCGUGUAUGCCGAUCAUGUUAUCGCUUUGAGUGAGCAGGGCUCCAUUCUACACCAAGGAACUUUUGAACAGCUCAAGACCGACACCGUAUAUUUCAAGGGUCUUCACUUUGAGCAGAACGGGUCCGCCUCCAAGGACGACAAUACUAUUACCACCGGACCCGGCGAACUGGCAACAUCGAGCCCUCCAGCACCAGGAGAGGAUACGCAAGCUUCACUCGGUCAAGGACUUGGAGAGUUUGCAACUUAUGGAUAUUACCUCGGAUCAGUUCCCUUGUGGCACGUUCUUCUGAUUCUAUCUCUUGUUUGUCUCCACGCUGGAGGCUACAAGAUGACCGAGUUACUGCUCAGUUUCUGGACAGGUCGCACUGGUGCGACACAGCACGAGUCAAACAGCUUCUACCUCGGCCUCUACGGUAUGCUCGCUGGUCUAUCUAUGGCCGCGCUCAUAUCAUGCGCUUGGUUUUACCUCAUCAUUGCGGUCCCGCUCGGCUCGGCGGUUCUUCAUGCUCGACUUCUUAAAUCCAUCAUGGAUGCUCCUUUGUCGUUCUUUUCCAAGACGGAUGUUGGCGUCACGACAACUCGUUUUAGUCAGGAUAUCUCUGUUGUCGAUACUGAGCUGCCAUUCACGCUGAUCGAUCUGCUCAUCAACAUUGCGGUAGCGUUCUUGUCUGCUGUCAUGAUGUGUGUGUUUUCCGGUUACUUUGCAGCGACUCUACCUCCCAUUCUCUUCUUUUGCUGGCUCCUGUCAAAGUUCUAUCUCCGAACAUCCCGUCAAAUCAGGAUUCUCGAACUACAAGCCAAGUCUCCCCUCUUUACCCACUUCCUCGACACCUUGCAAGGGUUAUCCAGUGUGAGAGCCUUUUCUUGGGAGACACAAUUCCGGGAGCAAUACUUUGAGUUCCUCGACGCGUCGCAACGCCCAUAUUAUCUGCAAUUCUGCAUCCAGCGUUGGCUGGCACUGGUUCUUGACUUGAUGGUCGCUGCCAUGGCUGGGAUCAUGAUGGUACUCGUCGUUCAGCUUCGAGGUCAAUUCGCACCCAAGUUUGUGGCACUGGCACUUCUCAACGUUACUUCGUUCAACGAAUCUUUGACGCUAGUCAUCAAGGGUUAUACUCAGUUGGAGACUGCUUUUGGAGCGGUUGCCCGCCUCAAGCAAUUUGGCGCAACCACAGAGAGUGAGAAUCUGGCUGGCGAAACGAGCCAAGUCCCUGAGGAGUGGCCAUCAUCUGGACAUGUUUCCAUCAAGAACAUGACUGCUUCAUACACCAAGACGGGGAACCCAGUGCUGCACGGCGUGACCCUAGACAUUCCUGCGGGUUCAAAGGUUGGCAUUUGUGGGCGUAGCGGGAGUGGGAAGAGCUCUCUUAUGGGCUGCCUCCUUCGUCUCCUGGAAAUUGAUGCCAACUCCAGCAUCGAAUUUGAUGGCAUCGACAUCACUACUAUUCCUCGUCAAACCAUUAGAGCCUCGGUGGCGGUGGUUCCCCAGCACCCAUUCUUCAUGAAAAAGACCAGCAUCAGAGAUAACUUGGCCCCUCGAGGCGAGCGGAACGACGAAAGAAUGCUCGCAGCGCUCCACAGGCUCAAAAUGCGAGAUGUGAUUGACAGAAUGGGUGGAUUGGACAGCAUUCUGGAUAUUGAUCGCCUAUCUCAGGGUCAACGCCAGCUGCUCUGUCUCGCCAGAGCCAUGCUCGCCAACAAGAGGAUCAUCCUCCUCGACGAAGCAAGUAGCAACGUGGACCCCAACUCAGAGCAACUUAUCAGACAAGUCAUUCGUGAACAAUUUGUCGGGUGCACCGUCAUUGCUAUUGUUCAUCGACUUGGAGCUGUGGUGGACUUUGAUCGCGUCGCUGUGAUGAGCGGUGGUCGCGUCGUGGAAUGGGACAAUCCUAGGGAGUUGUUGAAGCGGGAUAGUGAGUUCAAAAAGCUGUGGGAUUUGACUUCAGGGUGA